UCCGCGCUCCGGUCACCCCGCGCGGGGCCGCGCCGCACAGGCCCCGAGCCAGCACCCGGGCAUGUGCAGCCCUGAGGAGGCGGCCCUGCUGCAGCAGGAGGAAGUCUUCUCGGCCACCCUCGCCCGGAUCAGCAACCUCGUCCUCCAGCCCCUGCUCACGGCCGAGCCCUCGGACCCCCGGGGCAGAGAGUGCCUGCGGCUCCUGCAGCAGCUGCACGGGUGCGCCCAGCAGCUGUGGGAGGUGACGGAGCGGAGCCUGCGCUCGCUGCGGGAGCGGCUGCGCCACCCGGACGCCAUCAGUCUCGAGUCCCUGCUGCUGCUGCGCGAAGCCGACCACGUCCUGCAGGUCCACAUGGAGUACAUCAAGUCCUACACGAGCUGUGUGGUGGUGCAGGCCUUUCAGAAGGCAGCGAAGCAGAGGAGAGACUACUGGCGGGGCCAGCGGAAGGCCCUGCGGCAGCUCCUGUGGGGCGUGAACCCCAAGGGCUCGAUGGGCACCGCGCUGGUCCAGGCCCUGCGCCAGCCGCUCACCCAUCACGUGCAGAAGUACGCGCUCCUCCUGCGGAGCCUCGGGGACACCGUUGGGGAGCGUCACCCUGCCCGGGAGCUGGUGGUGCACGCGGCCGCCCUCUUUGGGGACCUCCAGUCCUUCAUGAAGCAGGCGCUGGACCAGGCCGAGGCCACGCAGGCCCUCUGGCACACCCUGAGCAGCCGGCUGCGGGAUGCCCUCUGCACCCCUGCUCGCCGCCUCUUGCAAGACAGCCAGGACGUCCCCGUGACAGUCACCCCACUGCGGGCAGAGCGGGCGCUGCUCUUCGAUGACAUCCUCGUCCUUCUGCAGGGUCACAGUGCCCACACCUUCGACCUGAAGCUGGUGUGGGUGGAUCGCGAGCAGGACGGGUGCGCGUUCCACCUCCUCACUCCGGAAGAGGAGUUCUUCUUUGGCUCCAAGAGCCCCCAGGACCUGGUGAUCUGGCGGUACAUGGUCACCCAGGCCGUGUGCCAGGCCCUGCGUGGGAAGAAAGACUUCCCGGUGCUGGGGGCGGGCCUGGCGUCCUGCGAGACCCCCACCUGCCGCUCCGUGGCGUACACCUUCCUGGCAGAGGGUCGGCUCUGCCAGGCCACUUACGAGGGCGAGUGGUGCCGGGGCCGGCCCCACGGCAAGGGGACCCUGAAGUGGCCCGACGGGCAGAACCACGUGGGCAGCUUCUGCCAGGGCCUGGAGCACGGCUUUGGCGUCUGCCUGGUGCCCCAGGCCUCCGAGGACACGUUCGACUGUUACAAGUGCCACUGGCGGGAAGGCAGCAUGUGUGGCUACGGCGUCUGUGAGUACGGCGCUGACGAGGUGUACAAGGGCUACUUCCAGGCGGGCCUGCGGCACGGUUUUGGGGUCCUCGAGAGCACCCCGCAGGCCCCUCAUCCCUGCAAGUACACGGGCCACUGGGAGAGGGGCCAGAGGAGCGGCUACGGGAUCCAGGAGGACGGCGACAGGGGUGAGCGCUACAUUGGCAUGUGGCAGGCGGACCAGCGCCAUGGCCCGGGGCUCCUGGUCACCCAGUCAGGCGUCUGCUACCAGGGGACCUUCCAGGCAGACAAGAUGGCGGGCCCAGGGACCCUCCUCUCAGAAGACGACUCCUUGUAUGAGGGCACCUUCACCAGGGACCUGACCCUCCUGGGGAAGGGCAAGGUCACCUUCCCCAAUGGCUACACCCUGGAGGGCUCCUUUGACGGCGUGGCCCGGAGGGGCCUGUACACGCAGGGCGUCCUGGACAUGGCGGCACCCCCGCCCGACCCAAGCAGCACCUGCAAGAGGCAGCUGGGCCUGGGUGCCUUCCCUGUGGAGAGCCGCUGGCAGGGUGUCUGCGGCCCCUUCCGGGACUUUGUGCGUGCCGGCUGCCCGGGGGACCUGCAGGAGGCGCUGCUGGGCUUCCACGUGCAGAGCCUGCGGGAGCUGCGGGAGUCCCAGGAGUACCUGUGCUGUGAGAGGACCCUGCUGGACGACGGUGUGGGCAGAAUGGAGGACAUCCUGGAGGAGGUGGCAUGGCACCGGGAGCCCGAGGCCCUGCAGCAGUGUCUCCGGAAGGCCCUGAGCAGCUCGCUGCACCCCCUGGGGAAGCUGCUCCGGACGCUGAUGCUGACCUUCCAGGCCACGUACGCAGGCUUCGGGGCCAGCAAGCACCUGCAGGGGCUGGCCCAGGAGGAGGUGAAGCAGCACGCCCAGGAGCUCUGGGCCGCCUACAGGGGGCUGCUGCAGGUUGCCUUACAGCGCAAGGGCGAGGCCCCGGCGGAAGAGGAAGACGCAGAGACAAGGAACCGGCAGGUGCACGGACUGGUGCUGCCGCUCAUGCUGCCCAGCUUCUACUCGGAGCUCUUCACGCUCUACCUGCUGCUUCACGAGCGAGAGGACAGUCUCUACAGCCAGGGCAUCGCCAACCUGAGCCUCUUCCCCGACGCCCAGCUUCUGGAGCUCUUGGAUGUGCAGCAGCACCUGUGGCCUCUCAAGGACCUCAUGCUGACGACCAAUCAGAGACACUCCCUGGUGUCUGCCACCGAGUGUCUGCAGAAGAUCGUCACCACGGUGGACCCCCGGGAGAAGCUGGAGGCGCUGGAGAGGACGUACGAGGAGAUCGAGGCCGCGGUGUCCCAGGUGCUGGGCCAGGAGCACAAGCUGCCCAUGGACGACCUGCUGCCGCUGCUCAUCUACGUGGCGGUGCGCGCCCGAAUCCAGCACCUGGGAGCCGAGAUCCACCUGACCCGGGACAUGAUGGACCCCAGCCACACGGGCGGCCGGUAUGACUUCCUGCUCACGGCCCUCGAGUCCUGUUACCAGCACAUCCAGAGGGACGGCCGCAUGCAUCGACUGCCCACCUGCCGGGACUCCAGGGAGCCACGGUCGCUCGGCCUCCGCUGGACCAGGUGUAGUGCUGAGCAGGCCGCGUGGACUCUGUGCAGCGAGCAGAGGGCAGGAUGGGCCCUGUAGGUGGUGCUCUUGGAGGAGAUGAGUUUCUUGCAGGGAGAUGUGCUGCAGCCCCGACUGGGAUGCGGGUGAGGGGUGACAGGUGUGGCCCCAGAGCCGUGGUUUCCCUUCUUCUGCCACGAGACCAGCCUCCAGUGACCUUGACCUGCAGUGGCUCGCAGGCUGGGGGUGAGGAGCCACUGGCUUCUCCUCGCCUGAGCCUUGCUUUCAAGUCCUUGAGCCUCAAUGUUGCCAUCUGUAAAAUGGACUUGAUUGUCUGUAAAGGACCUUUCAUCUGU